AUGGACACAGAUAUAUCGCAUUUCCAGUCAAUUCCAUGGGUAUCAGCCCUGCUCCGCGACCCUGAAUUCACCAAUCGCGCGAUCCCGUCACGAACAGUCAAGGAAACGACUGAAGAUGCCUUUUACGCGCGGACAUUGAACAGCCCAGAGACUAUCAAGGCAUGUCUGAUGCAAUACCGCAUACCGGAAUCUUCAUCCUCAGCAUCCUCUGGCUCCAAUACUACUUCUAGCACACCCAAUGUCACAGAACUGCGGACAUUCUUUACUCUCGGCUCAGACAUGAAUGGUUAUCCCGGAACUUUACAUGGCGGGAUGGUGGCCACAUUGCUGGACGAAUGUACCGGUCUCUUGCUAAUGGCAAGAGGAGACGUUGCAGACAACACGACGCGCAGCGAUAACAAUCUUCACUCUGUACCUGUUACUGCAUACUUGAAUACCAAGUUUCGAAGACCGGUCCCGACGCCAGGCACCAUCGUUGUUUAUACAAAACUCGUUGAGGUGUCAGAAUCAAAAAAGUGGAAGAUCCAAGCAGAUGUUCUCGAUCAUAAAGGUCGUGUCUUGGCAACAGGUGAAAGUCUAUUUGUAAGAACAAAGGCGAAGAUCUAA